CCACUCCAGUCUUUAUUUCGCUCCUGAAGUCAUCCUUGCUGCAGGGAGGAGCGUCGCCAAGCAUCCGUCUACCUGCGUUCAAAUUCAACCAUACCCAGCACUUUUUCGACUUUAUGCCGUUCUUCUAAGGACUUUAUUGUGUUCUUAAGGACAACAAUGUUUUUCGACAAGGACGGUCAAGGCAAAACUCCUAUACUCUAAUAGAAGAAAACGGCUUAUUGCAUAUAUUGGCAAGUCAAGAGCAUCGUUUCCUGCGCCAAGAAGAGGCAAGACAUGGUCAAUCCAGCAAACCGUUGGUGAGGGGAAAAUUUGCCGUGUGGGCCCGUCCUGCAGCGUCUUUCACUACCCGUGUGGAAGGGAGAAUGCUCGUCACUCGCCACACUUGUGCCUGGAGCCGCUGACGAAGGAACUGACCGCUGGAAGCCAUGUCCCACCACCACCACCACCACCCGAGGGGUCAGCAGGGCCGCGCCAUGAGCGCCGAGGAGCGAUGCGCCACGCCAGUCCACAAGACCUCCACGCCCACGCACAAGAGCGCCUCCUCCUCGUCCUCCUCGCAGAGGGACAGCCGGCAGGAAGCCGAUAGCUGGGAAAUUAUAGAAGGACUGAAAAUAGGGCAGACAAGCGUCCAGCGCCCCGACAAGCAUGAAGGCUUCAUGCUGAAGAAGAGAAAAUGGCCGCUGAAAGGCUGGCACAAGCGUUUUUUCGUUCUGGACAAUGGCAUCCUGAAGUACUCCAAGUCCCCCAUCGAUAUUCAGAAAGGCAAACUGCACGGCAGUAUUGAUGUGGGGCUGUCAGUGAUGUCCGUUAAGAAGAGAGCCCGCCGCAUCGACCUGGACACAGAGGAGCACAUCUACCAUCUGAAGGUGAAGUCUCAGGAUGUGUUUGACGCCUGGAUGUCCAAGCUGCGUCACCACCGGCUCUACCGACAGAAUGAGAUCGUGCGGUCCCCGCGGGACGCAAGCAUCCGCACCUUCCCUCCCCCCACCGCCAACCUGGAGUCCCCCCAGGCUGCCCCGGCCCCCGUGCACGAGGUCAAGCCCAAGCCCAGCACCUUGCCAUGGCAGCCAACUGUGACCAGCACCAGUCUGCCGGCCUCCUACAGCAAUGGCCAGAGCAAGGUGGCCGCCUGGCUACAGGAGUCCGAGGAGAUGGACAAGUGUGCAGAGGAGCUCGCACGCUGCCAGUCCAGCCUCAUUGAGCUCAGCAGGCUGCUGCAGAGUCUGGAGAUCCUGCAGAGGACCCAGUCUGCCCCCAACUUCACAGACAUGCAGACCAAUUGUGUAGAUAUAUCAAAGAAAGACAAGCGAGUGAGCAGAAGAUGGAGAACAAAAAGUGUCAGCAAAGAUGCAAAAAUGCAACUGCAGGUCCCUAUCAGUGCCAGCAUGUCCCCAGUGCGGCUGCACUCGUCCAACCCCAACCUGUGCGCUGAGCUGGGGGACUACCAGAACCCCGUGGCCCAUCUGACCGACAGCAUGGAGGGGGCCGGAGACUACAUCAAACUGCAGGAGGACUUCUGCCUCAUUGCCCAGAAAGUGCACUCCCUGCUGAAGUCGGCCUUCAACACAGUGGCCAUUGAGAAGGAGAAGAUCAAGCAGGCGCUGUCGGAGCAGGAGCAGGCUGGCCAGUCCACACAGAUCGUCACCCUCAGGCGCUCUUUAUCACAGGCUCUGUCCCAAAAUGCUGAGCUUCGGACCCGUCUGAACCGCAUCCAUUCUGAGUCGGUGCUCUCUGAUCAAGUGGUCAGUGUCAACAUCAUCCCCAGCCCUGAUGAGGCCGAGCAGAUCGUCGUGGGAAUCCCGCUCACGCAGCAAACCUCCAAUGAGAGCCGGCUGUCCAUGUCUGAGUCGGUGUCGGAGUUCUUUGACGCCCAGGAAGUGCUUCUGUCAGCGAGCUCUUCGGAAAAUGAGGCAUCAGACGAUGAGUCAUACGUCAGCGAUGUGAGCGAUAACAUUUCCGAGGACAACGCCAGCGUCAAUGACAACGUCUCCCGACAAAUUGCCAACGGUGACCUGGCCGGCGGGGCCUUCCGUAAUGGACGCCGCUCGUGCCUGCCCGCGCCCUCCCCGGACACCAGCAACAUCAACCUCUGGAACAUCCUGCGCAACAACAUCGGCAAAGACCUGUCCAAGGUGUCCAUGCCGGUGGAGCUGAACGAGCCGCUCAACACUCUGCAGCACAUGUGCGAGGAGCUGGAGUACACCGAACUGCUGGACAAGGCCGCCGACACCGAGGACCCCUAUGAACGCAUGGUCCUAGUUGCUGCGUUUGCAAUCUCAGGAUAUUCAUCCACGUACUACAGAGCGGGAAGCAAGCCAUUCAACCCUUUACUUGGAGAGACGUACGAAUGUAUCCGGGAGGACAAGGGCUUUUGCUUUUUCUCGGAACAGGUGAGUAGAAUUGUGAUGUUGUCUCCAUGUUUUAUUAUCAUAGAUGUCAGAUGGAAAAAUAAGUUUUGGGGGAAAUCGAUGGAAAUCCUUCCCAUUGGGACCGUUAACGUCAUGCUUCCAAGCUAUGGAGACCACUACGAGUGGAACAAAGUCACCACCUGUGUGCACAACAUCCUGAGUGGGAGGCGGUGGAUCGAGCACUACGGCGAGAUCACCAUCCGCAACACCAAGAGCAGCGCCUGCAUCUGCAAGCUCACUUUUGUCAAGGGGAACUACUGGAGCUCCAAUGUGAAUGAGGUGCAGGGCUUCGUGAUGGACCAGGAGGGGAAGGUGGUGCACCGGCUGUUUGGGAAGUGGCACGAGGGGCUCUACUGCGGCGUCCCGCCCUCUGCCAAGUGCAUCUGGAGGCCAGGCUCCAUGCCCAUGGACUACGAGCUGUAUUACGGCUUCACCCGCUUUGCCAUCGAGCUGAAUGAGCUGUGCCCCGUGAUGAAGGACAUGCUGCCGCCCACCGACGCCCGCUUCAGGCCCGAUCAGAGGUUCCUGGAGGAGGGUAACGUGGAGAUGGCGGCCGCCGAGAAGCAGCGCAUCGAGGACCUCCAGAGGACCCGGAGGAAGUGGAACGACGAGAACAACACCAAGUACCAGCCGCGCUUCUUCAAGAAAGUUGUGGAUCUCAGCCAGAGAGAGAGAUGGGUGUCCAACAAUACCUACUGGGAGCUUCGCAAAGAUCCCGGCUUCGUGAAGAUGGAGAACCCUCAACUGUGGUAGCACUUGGAUGGAUGCCUUCCUGCGCUCAACAUAUCAUCAUCGCCGACAAAAAGAAGCUUUACCUAUGCACAAUGAUGUUGAGAGCUGCGAUCUCUAUGUCAAGGCUACAUGCAUAAAACGUUGUGUCGGACUGCGGAACUGAGCGAUAACUAACCACAGCCACCAGCCGAAGGCCUGCAGCAUCCAGUCUUGUUCAACGCAGUCUCAGACUGUGCCCUCCCCACUAACUCGCAGAAAACAGGUUGGUCAGGGCAGUUCGUCUAAGGCCACCGUGUAGAUCUACCCCCUUGAGACCAUGUCAGGCUUUUGAGUAUUUCCUUGCCUUAAAAGAAAAACACACAAAAAACAUGAUUAAAACAAAGUUGGCUUACCACCACUACUGUCACACACUUUAAGCUUUUUGUGACCGCUCGGUUGAUUUGUUACAGCGCUAUAUGGGUUAGGCCAGUGUUUGAGCUUAGGUCUCAGUGAACUAUACCUACAAUAUAUCAUGCAUGUUUAGAAGGCAGCUUUUUCAUUGGCAUAUGCUAAAAUGACUUGUCACCUCAUUUGUAGAUUUAAAAAGUAGUGGUAUUUUUGUAAAAAACAACAAAAAAGAUGAAGAAAAGUGAACACAUUAAAAUAGGCAUCCAAUCAAUGUGUGAGCCUCACCCACAGGCAACAGAGCCUUGUCCGUGAACCUCUAUCAUAGCUGUACUCUCUCUUGGAACACACGCGGCUCUGGUUUGAUUGUUGAGAAUGUUCUGUGGAGUACACAAGUGGACACUAGUCAUGUGUGCACAUGCACCCAACAUUUGAUUUAUCCCAAUGACGCACCCAAAGAAUUAGAUUUUAUUGUAAAUGAUGUUGAGAGCUGAUCUCAAAGACAAUGUGCAGCUCUGUAGUUGCCAGCAGACUUCAGACCUUGUCCCUCUUUUGCCUCUAUGAACUCAGCAUUUGGACUUCCACACAACAUCCUCUGCUUCUACUCUGCUUUUUUCUGUUUUUACACUAUACAAUUUGACGUAUAUCCACCAGGAAAUACCAGAGCCGUAUAUACAGUACCUGUAUACUGUAUACGGCUCUGGGAUAUACAUACCACUGGGUCCCCCUGCUGGCUGUCAGUAGGUACUACAUAAAGAAACAGAAGGCAGUCAGAGAUUAGGGACUUAAACCACAUUCUGUAUUCCAGGCACACAGAGGUCAGAGGCUUGGCAGAUAACUGGCGUGAGGGAAUCAUACAGAUAUAGAAUAGAAUUUAUGAUUUUCAUAAGCCAAAGAAGAAAGAAUACUCAAACAGAAAUGUGAAUGUUAAAUGAAGAAGUUAUAUAUACCAGGAGAGUUUAUGGCCAUGAUACAAGGAUUUACCAAAACGACCAGUGUACAGGACAUUUGAUUUAAAGACCUUUCCAUCACCACUGCCUUGCAUUUUUUUAGAUACACAUUCCAUGCUUUUUUUACACACAAUAGUUUUGGAAACUACUAUCGUUUUUAACAUGCUUUAGUUUACUACGGAAUCAUUAUUUUCUGAUUCUUAAAUACAUGUAAAACAAAACUUAAAUACAACAAAUGCUCAAAUUGAUCAAGACAUCAACCAUACAUCUAAGCAAGCGACGUAUACAGUUUUUUUUUUUUUUUUUUUUAAUUGUUAUAGGCUUGUGUAAAUUAUAUUAAGGACCAUAAUCUUCUUGUGUUCUGUAGAAUGUUUUGUCCUUAGGUUACAGGAAAAUACAUCACGGAUAUUAGACAAGUAGCCUGAUGUGUUAAGUACUCAAUUCCAUACAAUAGCUUCACUCAACGCAGUGUGUUGUUCACUGUGUUAAGACAUGUUUCACUGCGUCAGCUCCACUUGCUGUGCCUUAACACAUCUACUGAACACCGUUUGACCACAGACUCUUAUGAUCCAAUAACUAGGAGAGUGUUUCCUCAACUAACACUACCGCUUCUACAUAGCUUACCGGCUCUCUCCUAAAGCAGUGUCUGUAACAAUGGGAUGAACAAAGCUGGACUUGUGCUCUCUACACCCCAAAUGGCUGAUUCUACUAAGUCACAUAAAUCUUCCCUGCAGAGCAACCACUCAUUGGCCUAAGGGUCAUUUUUCUUGAAAAUUGAAAGGGAAUUCCAGUCAUGCUGUCCAGUGUGCUUAUAUGUGUGCCACACGUGUACUUGAUCAAGGUGGUGAAGUAUAGAAAGACUUGUUACUAUGUAUAAUGGUGGACAGACAACGCAGUGUACAUCAGCUGCUGAUUCCGGCUCUUGAUGCGGUCAUUCAUUUUACAGAUGAGUAGUGAAAAGCAGUUAUCAAUACUGUGUUCACUGUGCAGAAGCAUCAGGGUGCAUUGUCAUAUUGUGGCAAUGGUUUUGACCAAGGAUGGUAACGACGUGGUUAUAUGCAUAUUUAUUGGGAGUUGAUUGUUGAUGUAACGAAGACUUCAUAUGAUGAUCAAAUGUUGUCCAGUUAAGAAUUUUAUAUUUUAAGACAUUUUGGCAUCAAAUAGUUUGCUGUAUCUGAAGUCAGAUAAAGUCCUGUUGCUGAUCUUGGUUAACUAAAGCUAAGCUAAGGGACUCAGUGUCUGAUUAGUCACAUUGUACUGUUCCUUAUAUCUGCAUGUGUAAAAGACAUAGCCUGCCAAUGAAUGUUGCAAAUGCCUUACAAAAAUAUUUUGUUUGUUUGAUUUUCUUGUUUGUGUUUUUCAAUUGGGAGUUUUUUUCACUUUGGAUUUCCCCCUUAAGCAGACAUGCACGAUUGCGUGCUGUGAUGGGCUGUCAUCUUUGUUACAUCAAUCCAUAUAAUGAUGGGUUCCCUCUGAAGAAGUGCAAUUGUAUAAGAACAUAUCUUUCCAUGAACACUGUACACUGCUGCUACAUAGUGCUUGUUCUAAUAUAAAAAAAAAACAACUAUAGAAAAAAAUCAUGCCUCCUGUUGUUGUAUUAGUGUGGGGGACAUCAAGUGUUGACUGCACAGGCACUCCAGUUAAACAAUUUCAAACAGCUGACAAGAUGACAAGAUACUUCCAGAUGGACAUGUGUUUGGUUCAUUUCUAUGGUGUCAGAAAUCUGAGUACUUGAUCAAGGAUCAAGCGUCUUCUGUUGACAUUUACAAACAUGUAUUAGCACAGUACAUAACCGGAUGUAAUUCAGGAAAAAAAUAAAUAAAAUCAUGUAUCUUCAA